AUGAUGGAAAGUGAGGAUCUUAUAUCUGAUCAAGCAUUCCUUGCUCAAAAGAACGUUGAUGAAGGAACUCAACAAGCUACAGUGUCAAGUGAACAACCCAUUGAUAGUACAAGUAAUGAUGCAGCAUUGUCAUCUAAGGAAGAGCUGGCAAAAUGUCAGUCAGAUUUUCAGUAUCCUUUCAUCGAGCAGGCAAGUCAUAUGUUGGGCAGCUUCCCAGCUCCUCCAGCAUUUGCAUCGGAGUUUCCUUCAAAAAAUGCAACUCUUCUUCUAAAUUCUGCUUCCAGUUCAGCACAUGUUACGGCUGGCAUGAUUCAAAUAAGAAAUUUGACAGUCAAUGGCAAUGAAACAUACCAAUCUUUCAGCAAGAACCUGAACUUCAAUAUUGUUUUUUCAUUUGGCUUAUCCCAAGGUAACAAUGGUUCUGCUAACUUGGAAUCACGGGUUAGCAUACUUCCAGGGAAGACUGUUUCUGCAACUUCUAUGGGUUGGUUAGAUUUCAUAUUCUUGUGGGUUCUUAUUCUCUCCAUGAGCUUCAAAAUUGGGACCUAUAUCUGUGGUUACACUUCAAGGUGUCUACCUCGGAAUGUCGACCAGUCUAAAGACAGAGUAGCCUGGUGA